AUGUCUGAUCACAGAUCCACAGAGGAAUAUGAAGACGUCAGAUAUGAAAGUGAGGUGGAGCAGCGGCGGACAGCUCCGUCAGCAGCAUCGGACAGAGAAGCGCUGCGCGUCCUGUUUACCCCGCAGAUCUCACAUAUAAGGCGCAUGUUCAGACACGCGUCAAGUCUGCGGCGUAGUGACCGGAACUGCUAUACAGUCUACGUCAGCGCGUUCGACGUCAUCACGUUAACAGCGCCGCACCUACGCGCCCGCGUCCGUCUCCAAUGGCAACCAAGCACUCGUAGUUUAUCAAUGAUGGAGUCCCUUACAGAAAGCGAAAUAGCACAGAUAGUGAAACAACAGAGAGAUGCAGGUGUGCAGAGGCUCAGCUGUCACUUCCUGUGGCCUGAGUUCUGUGAUGAGCGGCGGUGCUUCCACCAGGAGUUUGUGUAUGACGUUGGCAUAUUUGCAGCAGCCCGUGGCUUCUCAUGGCCUAACGUGAUCCGGGCAGCUGUGAUCGCCAAAGGCAUCUUCCCGCAGCUGGACGGUCUCAACGCAGCCAAAAUAUUGUCCUUGCUGAGAGAUGUGCUGUCUGAGUAUUUGCCAAACCUCACCUCUGUCCACCAACAUGAGUUCACCAAGUUCCUCACAGACAUUUGCAUCACCCGGCAGAGGCUUCUCCAGGCGGUGGUGGGUGGAGCUGCUGACAUGUCCAUCGCUCAGCUACACUUGGAGGUGCAGUUGCCGCCUACACCCUGUCCUCUAGCGCAGGGUACAGAUCUGCAUGUGUGGGAGCAUCAGCGUCGACAAGCUGAGCUCGCCUCAGUGUUGCAACAGAAGGAGGAGAAGCUGCAGAGUCUCAGAGAAGGGUCAAGGGUCACUGUGGGGGAGGUUGAUGUUCCUGAAGAUGAGCAACUGGACCAACAGGGUGUUGCAGCGUUGGUUCGUGCAGCAGUGAAGGCAACAGAAGGUCAGAUGCUGGAGAGUCUGAACCAAGAGGCUUCCCUGCUCAGUGACAUCCUGCAGCUGAAACUGCAGCAGGCUGCACUGGCCACCGGAAGGCUCCACUGUCCUGUUCUUUCCAACACAAGUCACACUGACUUACAUUCAAAUGCAAGAAAGGCAAAGCAACACACAGCAAGGACAGGACAGAAAGAGUCUGGGAAUGCAGGAUAAGGCCUAAUA